AUGACCGAGUACGCAAGACUUCCCCGCGGCGCGACUCUCGCCAUCACGCCCUUCAAGGCGCACGUCGAGGAGGAAAAGCUGCAGCACUUCAAAGAACUGCUGCGCCUCUCGCCCAUCGGUCCCGCCGUCUUCGAAAACACCAGUGCCGGGGACAAAUACGGCGUCCAGAGGGAGUGGCUUCAGAAUGCCAAGAAUACCUGGCUAAACGACUUUGACUGGCGCAAGCACGAAGACCGCAUCAAUUCCUAUCCCAACUUCAAGACGUCGGUCAAGGACACGGCGGGCAACACCGUUGACGUCCACUUUCUGGCUCUCUUCUCCGAGAAUGCAAACGCCGUCCCCAUUGCCUUCUUCCACGGAUGGCCGGGGUCCGUGUGCGGCUUUUUCGACAUGCUGGACCUCUUGCGGCAGAAAUUCUCGCCGGGGGACUUGCCGUACCACGUUGUUGUGCCCUCGCUGCCGGGAUAUGCCUACUCUUCCAGUCUGCCCCUGGAUGUGGAUUACGGAAUCGACAUGGCGGCCGGGGCGAUGCACAGUCUCAUGAUGGGCUUGGGCUUUGGCUCCGGAUACCUGGUCCAUGGCGGUGACCUGGGCAGUUUUGUCAGUAGGAUCAUGGCGUUGCAGUACGACGAGUGUAAAGGGAUGCACGUCAACAUGAUGGGUGCGCCGCCGCUGGACGAGAACCCGCCGCGCAGCGACGAGGAGGAGAAGGCGCUGCAGAAGGCGCUUGAGUAUAUUGAUACCGCGAGCGGAUUUGCGUUGGAGCAGGGGCAGCGCCCGGCGACUGUUGGACUUGCACUGAGUGCUAGUCCUUUGGCAUUGCUUAGCUGGAUUGGUGAGAAAUUCCUGGCGUGGACAGAUGGCGAUUUCCCGCUCGAGAAGAUCUUGGAAAUUGGCAAACGCACACGACAAGCCAAAGAUUGCAAGAACCAGCGUGGUAUGUACCAGCUCGUCGGAAUGCAGAUGGGUACUGACGAGUCAUACAAUGGCCAGGUCUCCAAGAUGACGGCGCUGCAGCUCCCGUACGUCGAAAAGCCGUGCGGCUAUUCUCUGUUCGCCGGGGACCUUUUCCCGGUUCCCAAAACCUGGGCGGAUCUGAGCUGCAAUCUGGUGUCGUUCAACCAACACGCGCGGGGUGGUCACUUUGCAGCCAUGGAGAAUCCACGCGCGCUGCUCGCUGAUGUGGAAGAGUACGUCAAGAAGGCUUGGAGCGCGGACGACUCUGCAAAGUGA